CGCAUACCUUCGCUACCGUGUGGGCGCGUGAAAAGAUACGGUGAGUGCGUUAUGGGUCGUUUGGCGGCCUUCCACCACAAGAACAACCUCCCCUCGGUCCUAGCAAAAGUUGAACCAGUGCUUCGCAUAAUCCUAGAGAGAAACAUGAUUCUGCGUGCCACCAAGUAGCAAGAGAAAUGGCAGCGCAGAAAACCAACACCUACCUUGAUUAAAACCGCCACAGGCACCUAGGACAAGCUACACAAGAAGUCUUGGACAAAGUUUAAUCGUAGUAGUAAAACAUUAAAGAGAUCUAGAAUCACGUUUACGGCUAAUGGCAAACGUCAAUUUGUACCACCUGACCAUAUCUUCCCUAUUUGCCUAUGGAAAGAUUUUAUGGAUCGUUUUUAGAGAACAAAAAUGAUUGUGUUCUUUGAAUGAGGUGUCCUCCGAAAAGGAGUCCAAAGGUGCGGUUUCACUGGAGUUAAAACUAUUCUAAAAACCUAAGGGAUAUUUAAAACCUAUUACAAAUACGGUCUCAGAGCAAAUAUAAUUUAAACACAAAUAUUCCAACAUUAUGACAACAUUCUCGUCAGUUCAGUGUUUAAUUUGGGUAACGAUCACGUGACAAUUUUAACGCACCGUUUAUAUUUGGUAGCGAGUCAAGGUCCCUUUCUCUUUUCAAUGUAGGACAGAAUUUUCUUCAUGACCAGUGCCUCCUCGCCAUAUGUCCUCUUGAUCGUCUGUUGUUAAUAUUCUGACAGCUUCCACUGGAUUUCUUUUUAGAGGCCUUGCAGUGCCGAAACUGUUUAUGCUCUUUGUCCGUUAUUAUUUUUGCGAAAGGUUUUUUUUUAGAGAAGGAAAACAAUGUUUUCGACAGGUUUAAGGUCGUUAUGUGAAGUUGCUGGUUUGGUAAAGAAUAAUGGCAAACACAAUUCGGCCCUUAUAGCUUAUUAGGGAAUCCAAUACAGUCUUGGAUUCUGGAUUCCACGCCGUGAAUUCCGGAUUCUAGGUACUGGAUUUUGGAUUCUUUGUCACUGGAACUUGGAUCGUAAAAGGGAUUCCCGAUUCCUUGAGCUGUAUUCAGGAUUUCGAAUUCCGCUGCAAAAAUUUGCCGAAAUCCGGAUUCCCUUUAAUACUUGGAGCGACACAUUACUAAUUACACAAGAAAUAGUUCCUUCUUCAUGUGACGCAGUUUAUAAGGAGAAGGAGUUACUUUUGACAGAUAAGUCUGAACCCAAUGGCCUAAACCGAUGUGACAAAUAGUAACCCUUUUUUUUUCUUUUCGAUGUUGUACGUCACUUCCGCCUCUCUCUCCUAACAAUUGUAUUUGUAUUGCGACAUUCUCCCUAACAUUGUUCGUAAUUAAUUUUUUCAAAGAAAACUCAGUAACAUUUGAAAACUUAAAGACGGUAGGUCUGGCCAGCCGAAAAAUCGUUUGAAAAUUUUGAAAUACACGUUGUAACAGCUUUAGUGGUCUUUGGACUUCUUUUUUCUGUAUAUUGAUACACAGUUUUAAGUUCAAUUCAUUUUUCCUUACACUUAUUUACUAACAUUAAAUUACAGCUUUUUUUGUUUCUAGUUUUAAUCCUUUCUAUUUAAUUUAUGUUAAAGUGGCCAAGUAUAUGUAAACCUUUCGGUUUCUUAGUAAUGUACAAAAAAUUCAAACAGUCACGUGAGCGUUGGAAUAAAGUUGUCACGAAAACGAAGACUGUAUUUAUCAGCCGUCAAAACAUUACCUUCAACAGGUUAUCCACGCGGCCCUGUAGACGCAAAAUUGUUUCGCCACUACGCUGUGUUUUGAUCGUGAACGAGGUAAGAUCAGUUAAGGUACGAUCACAUUUCCUCGCAUUUCUUUUGUACAUUUUUAACAUCAUGGUAGAUAAAACGACAGCCGCCAGUACCGACCGGGAAGUGGGGACAGCAACUCAAGACAACAUGUUUUUGAUGAAGUCCGUGUUUGCAGGCUAAAGUGUGUAAUUUUCCGAUCCCUUGGCAAGUUUUGAUUGAGUUAUGGUUCGCCAAAAUUUUUCACGCACAUCCAGAACGCUGAGUUCUAAUACACGCGAACGAUUUAUAAACUCGCGGCGAAUCUUAGUGUUAAAUCAAGGUGUUAAGCAUUUGUUUACGACAGUAUCACAAAUCUUGUUCGUAUCACAUGUUUUCCUAUUAUCUCACUGGUUCAGUCGUUUGUUGCAACCCAGUAAAUUUAGAGGUCUUUUGUUCAGAAGAACAUAAUUUUUUUUAUUUUUAAGUUUGAAAUAGGCACUUCAAAAGUCUUGUUUGAUAUCAGAUGUUAUCAAGAACUGUGAUCAUUUGAAACAAAGAAACAACCUUCGUGAUUCACGACAUGCAAAUUAGGUGAUAGCUAUAAAUAUCGCGGUGACAAGAGCUGCUCGUGACUACCUACUAACAGACUUUUGUCGAAACGCUCUAGAGAACGAGGCAUCUACACGUUAGUUUAUUAGAUGCAGAUAAGUGACCUGGUGUACUUUAAUCUAGUUAGUCCAAGUUUCUUUCUCAGGCACGUAAACAAGCCACAACUGAAGCCAACCUGCGCGAAUGUUAGCGACGCGAACGACUCCAUACAUCAGGUGAUACCUCCUAAAAAUGAAACCGGAAACAGGAAGUUUUAACUGCAUUAAGGGUUUAAUCACGUGUUGGUUAUGAACGUCUGCAUAGGACAACCUCGUUCCCAGGGUUCUCUCCUACACGGUCGUGCGUAAGAGGCUGUGGCUUGCAGGUAGUGACUAAAUUGGUUUCCAUUUUUCAGCAGAUUCUCAAACAAAACAUCUUUAUCCGGCUUUAUCUGGCCAUUAUUCCGAGGACUAUGUUCAUGAGGGCAAGUUGCCACUUUUAUAAACAUUGCUUCAGUCUGAACAAAAUUCUUAAAGAUAUCUUUCCGGUCUAAGCGGGUAUCGAUAUAGUCGGCUUUAGCUGUGUAUUCUGAUUCUAUCCUCGUUACAUUAUUCCUUCGUCCACUGCACUGCCGUUCCUAACCUUGCGUCAUUGCGUCAUUUAGUAUCGGGAAUGAACAAAGGAUUUGGGGGUUUUGAAAUUUCGGAAUAUUUUUUUAGUUAGGAAAAUUUGCCAAGUAUCGUUUUAGUGCCUUGCAGCGUUGUUUUUUUUUUUUGGAGGGGGCGGGGGGGGUGGGGUUUGGGUAUUCAAAACAAUCUGAACUACGCAUGUAGGUACCAAGCGCGCAUGCCGGCCGCAUAGUUCUGCCUUGCAACCAUCGUGGUUAUAGAGUAUGGGCAUGUUUUUUUUUUGGAGGUUAAAUAUAUGUGGUCCAGGGAUUUCUUGGAGUUUUGUUAGAAGCCCUAGGGAUUUUUUAGGGUGAAGAUUUCUGCCCCCUUUCGAUCAUCCCCAUGUCGUUAACCCCGGAGUAACCCGACGGAGGUGAUAUGUCCCAAACCUCUGGCGCUGUCUGAUUAGGUGCCCUUCCCUGGUUACGUCACCUAGGGCCCUUGAUGAGCUUGUUAAAAAGAAACACACACGUACACACGUGUAUCGUAUGGUCUAUUUUACUUCCGAUUGUAAAUUUCAACAUUACUUUUGAUCCGACUUGCUUUUUCUCUUUAGGUUGCAUCAUGGAUAGAGGAAAACGUUACUCGGUAAGAGAUAUACUUAUGAUUUAUGUACUCCCGCCUUUAUUUCUUUUAGCUAGGCUCCAUUCCUUCAGUUACAUUUUCAAAUCAUUGGUAAUACAUAUCUAGCCGAUUUUUGAAAACGAAUCUUUUUUGCGCUCGAUAAGCUCGAAAAUCACGCUAGCAAAGGAAAAGGAACGGAAAAUAGAAAAAUCGACCAGAAAGAAAGGUGGAAAAGAGAAAUGGUUGCACUUUAAGUCUUUAUGUUGGCUACUUUACACUGGAAAAAAUACUGCUUUGAUUUGGCGGUAACGUAUCCGGCUGUAUAUACUGUCCUGUGUCCACACUUAAUAAUAGUAUUAAUAAUAAUAAUAAUAAUAAUAAUAAUAAUGACGAUUUGGAGGUAGCACAUCCACAAAGUGGUUCUUCGUCUACCCAAUUCCUGAUCGAAUUGGAAUUUGAAAAUGCUGGUUUUUGAGGAGAGGGGAAAACCUGAAUACCCGGAGAAAAACCUCUCGGAACAAAGAAGAGAACCAACAACAAACUCAACCCACACAUGGCUUCGACGCCGGGCCACAUUGGUGGGAGGCAAGCGCUCUCACCACUACACCAUCCCUUGCCCCCCCAAACUUUGAAUUUUAAUACUGUCGAAUCUUCUGCGGGUGAGCGAUAGUGAGACACCAUGCUGUUCUUAACUUUAUGAAGCGGAAAAAUCCAAUUUUGUUCUAAAUUAUUCUGGAUGUAAGAUCAGCCUUGCCCGUGCACAGUUGGUUACGAGUUUGACGUCGGCUAAAAUUUCAGUUUCACAGGUGAAUGCUGGGUGAAUGUAUUGAAUCAGCGGACGAAGUUAAGUUGCACGACGAAAAAUUAAGCGUCAAGUAUUUUAUUUCGGAUUUUUGUUUACCAUAGUAAUCUAAUCAGGCUUCAUACAAGUUCAUUUGUGGCUGCCUUUUUAUCAGGAACGUCUUCAAAAUUCAACGCGAGCCGGUUCCCACUUUGAAACUCCUGGAAUCCGGAAUCCACGGCAUGUAAUCCAAGUGCUUUAUUUAACUACCAUCAAAGGAGAAACUGAACUAAGUAAAUUAGACUGAUACACCUAAGUUCCUAUUCUAGUAAAUAUGAACAUUUUGGUUUACAUGUUUAUUCAGGAUAGUGACCCCAAAGCAUACUCCACUGAUCGAGAAGAAGAACCAGUGCAUCCUGGGUAGGUUAUUUUCGCCUUGUACCACACAAUGCUAUGACGCAGCCACUGUUCUUAGUUCGCAUGUUUCGAAUUCGUGCUUACGCAAUCGAGGGAAUUUUAGGUAGAGGUGUGCCGCCGAGGGCUUCAAUACUUCACCAUGUUUAAGACGAAAAUAGUUAGCAUAGUUAAUUAGCCUUUUUAAGACAAAAGACCUCGUCUUUUAAUUACUCUGAUUCGUUUAGUUUUGCAUACAGAAUAAAGCAAUUUUUCAAACUAUUAUCAUGGAAUUAAAUGUUGUGGAAUAAAAAAUGCUGAUAACUGCAAAAGUAGACCACUCAUCCCAAACCUUGACACUCUCUAAGGGCUUCCGGCCCAAAAAGGCAGGCUGUUCAAUGCCCUGUUUGAGCCUCAACUGAGGUCCCGAAAACCAUACUCUAUUCAACGGCACAUACCCGUUUAGGACAAAUGAGGCCUGGGUAGGUUAUUUUCGCCUUGUACCACACAAUGCUAUGACGCAGCCACUGUUCUUAGUUCGCAUGUUUCGAAUUCGUGCUUACGCAAUCGAGGGAAGAUUAGGUAGAGGUGUGCCGCUGAGGGCUUCAAUACUUCACCAUGUUUAAGACGAAAAUAGUUAGCAUACUUAAUUAGCCUUUUUAAGACAAAAGACCUCGUCAUUUAAUGACUCUGAUUCGUUUAGUUUUGCAUACAGAAUAAAGCAAUUUUUCAAACUAUUAUCAUGGAAUUAAAUGUUGUGGAAUAAAAAAUGCUGAUAACUGCAAAAGUAGACCACUCAUCCCAAACCUUGACACUCUCUAAGGGCUUCCGGCCCAAAAAGGCAGGCUGUUCAAUGCCCUGUUUGAGCCUCAACUGAGGUCCCGAAAACCAUACUCUAUUCAACGGCACAUACCCGUUUAGGCCAAAUGAGGGAGCCCCCCUCCGAAGAUGUAACCUUCGCAUGAGUGUGGGUUUUAUACGUUGUUGUUACAAUUAAUAGUUGAUAGUUGUUUUCUUCUUUUCUCUCAUGUUGCUUUCACCUAUUUUUGGAAUUAAAGAUUACAAUUGGAUACGGCAGAGGACGAGGAAUCUGAAAACUACCCCCAAGAAAUGUUUCCUUUUGAAGUAAGUAUUCAGUAAUGAAAAGGAAGGCAUUUCAUUGAAAGACGCAAUUUCUUUAAAUAACAUUCGGGACAAUGUGUGUCCGAAGCUAGGUCACGAUGAACAGUUUAACUCGACUGGGCAUAUCUUUAUCACUGCAUGGUAACUCCACUGAUGAAGGGUCAGGAUCCGACACGUUUGGAGUAAAACUCAAAUUAAAACACGACCUUUUGUUCAUUGUUUUUCUUCUUUUUGUUGAACAUUCCCUUACUAUCUUUAUUAUUGUAAUUCAUGUCAGAGCUUCAUUUUUUUAUUUGUAGGAAGCAUCGCAAUGUACAGAGAACGGAAAGCCUCUACGAAAGUGUACUGAAGAAACACUUGAACCUCGUCUUGUAGUAUAGUAAGUUGAUCAUUUAUCCAUCAUUCAUCUCCAUCAUAAUUUCCUAGUCAUUUUGCAUAAUUACGCAGAUGUUAACUAAAAUCAGUAGAAUUUUCAGAAGCAACAACAAUGAGUGCUGACGCGCUUUAAGGUUUUCGCGGGAGGUUCCAAAAGCCCGUAAAGACUUCGAGUAAUCAAACCUGCAAUCACGAACCCACCUAAAGAACUUUACUGCGAGGUGCUCCGACGUCGACCUUUCUGUGCUGCACAUGCAAAACUUCAUUCGUACUGAAAAAACGAGCACCAUCCUCAACCCUUUUAUUCCUAGACCACGUUUGGAGAGCUUAUUGAUUAUUUGGCACACUAACUUUGAAAUCUGUAGAGGAAAUCCUCUAAUUUUACCAUACAAAUAAAACCUCUUUGUCAGAAUUUGUGCACAGCAAUAUUUAUUUGUUGCGAUUUUAUUGGUCUCUUUUGGGAAGUUUUUCUUCGGCCACUAUUUAUAUUAGGGGUUAACGAUCUUGUAUACCUCAAAGUGAUACUAAAAAUGCGUAUUUCUGCUUCCAAUCUUAGCCCCCAGCCUGUAAUUUAUAUGUCCCCCUUCUUCUAAUACGCCCGUUAUAAGUCUCGCAUCAUUUAAGAUAAUCCAAAAUUGGAUUCUGGAUUCCGCGCCGAUGGUUUUCGUAUUCCAGGUGUACUGUAUUCCGGAUUCCUUGAGCUGAAUUAUGGAUUCCAAAGCUUAAGAUUCCAGAUCCACUCACAACAAUUUCCCGGAUUCUGACAUCUGGAUCACCCUACAUGGAGCGAGAUCACUGAGGGUUCACUUGGAACAUCAUAGAAGCAAAUAUGUUUUAAUAAAGAAGAGUGAAAAUAAUAGGCACACCCUAUAACUGCAUUCUUACGCGUACGUUUAGUUUUUUACACCCUUAAACAGUUUUGUUUCAGUCACAUUUCAGUUUUAAUUCUAAACUUUGUACUCGUUCAGGCUCCUGAUUCAUUUUGUGAAUAAUCUAAACUUGACAGUUUACCACCAAAAGUACCAAUUAAGGUAGCGAGUGCUUCUUAUAAAUCCUACUCCGGAAGCAACAGCGUUUUUGAGCAAAGGGCGUCAACUGGAAGCCUGGACUUUUUGCAUCAUUGAGAAGUGGUUUGGUUGAAACUCUCGGGUAAAUCGUCUUUAUGAGAGAAACGAAAGUUAUCAAUACAAAUUUGUUGGCGUCAAGGCCUAAAAAAAAACGGAAGGAGGCCUCACUUCCGGUUGAAGUGUGUCAACCGGAAGCUCCCUAAUGUGGGAUCAGUGACUUUACCCAAUUUUCUUGAAAUAACUCGCGGUUGUUCUUUUGCAGUGGAAGGCGAAGUGCCUGGUCAAGAGGGAGCGGUAACAAACCCAGCCAAGCUGAGAGACAAGUAAGCGUUUUCAUUUUUUAG